AAUGUCAACGUCUAACCUGAUUCUUCUGUGUCAACACGUGAACCAAACAAUCAAAAUAAAUUGAGAUAAAACACCGCUAACACAUCGAUGAAACGGAAAAUAUGAACGAUCAACCAUUAUCAACGUGUGAGAAGAAUUUCAUAAUAAAAUGCUUGAAGGAAAACAAACGCUUGGACGGUCGUAGUUUUACCGAAUUUCGUAAUAUCAACAUACACUUUGGUGUCGAAUGGGGAUGUGCACUGGUGACACUGGGAGAAACCAAAGUAUUGGCUCAAGUAUCAUGUGAAAUUGCACAACCGCGUGCAACACGCCCCGCCGAAGGUAUUUUGUAUAUCAACGUAAACAGUGGCCAAGACAAACGAUCAGCUGAACAUAUUGUUCUGUUGACAAGAAACCUGGAACGAGCUCUAAAGGAGUCAAGAUGCGUUGAUCUCGAAUCGUUGUGUAUCAAAGCAGAGGAAAAGGUGUGGCGAAUUCGAGUCGACUUGAAUAUUCUGAACCAUGAAGGAAAUUUGAUUGACUGUGCUUCAGUUGCUGCGCUCGCCGCUUUGGCACAUUUCAAAAGACCAGAUGUUACCAUUACCGGUGACGAAAUUCAAAUUCAUUCACACAACGAACGAGAUCCAAUUCCGAUUGUCCUUCACCACUACCCGGUCUGCGUAUCAUAUUCGAUUUAUGAGAAUGGAGAAAUUGUCAUCGCUGAUCCGUCGUUGUUGGAAGAGCGUCGCUCAGAAGCGACCGUUGUAUUUGGCAUAAAUUCAUAUCGUGAAUUGUGUGGCCUGCAUUUCGGCGGCAUCACAUUGGCUAGUUUGGAGUUGUUGAUCAAAUGUGCGAAUCAAGGGGCGAAACGAGCAAAUGCGGUUGUUAAAUUAAUCAAAGUAGCCUUGGAAGCCGAUGAAAAACGUCGUGCAAAUGGUGAACAAGUUGGUUUUAUGCAGUGCCUGCAAUCGAAUCGUUUCGAUUCAUACAAAGAAGGCCGGUUGCUGUUGAGAUUGCCGAAAUUUCACCUGAAUACCACCGAGGAAAUGGAAGUUGAACUUGUAGAGAUGAAAAAGGAGCAAGCGAAAAUAAAAUCGCUUGGAAAUCAUUCCGCCGUUCUGAUGCCAGCCGAAGAAUUGUCCAGCGACGAUGAUUUUGCUGACCAUUGGAUUCCCGAAAUGGAUGGUGAUGUUGACUUUGAAUCGAAUGAAGUUGAAAAGCCUGUGUCGCCAAAACCAAAAGAAGAGCAAAAGAAGAAGAAAAAGAAAAACAAGAAAAAAUCCAAACAACCACCCACCGCUGCCGCCGCCGCCGUCGAUGACGACGAUGCUGCCAUGUCUGAGGACAGCGAAGAAGAAGAAACGGUUGUCAUGGAACAAAUCACAUAAAUAAAAAGGCCAGUGGUUUUGUUUUUAAUUCGUUAAGAUAAAAUUCAUCCGUUGUUUGUUUGUUUUUUUCAUCUUCAAUAAAUUACAAUCCGAAACGUAA